GUUGUAGUGGUCACUUAGUCAGAAGGCGAGCUUCAUAUAUAAGAAUCGUAAUAGCCGACCGGUUUAGUUUAUGUUCGGUGGCCGCGAAAGCAACACGGGAUAGCAACAUGAACACUCUUAUAUUCUUUGCCGCCGCCGUGGCUAUGGCUUCAGCCAGUGGUGAGGAGAAGAUCCUCAACGAUGGAAACAACGUUUUCACCGCCAACAUGUUUUCGGAGGUGGUAAAAGAGCAGGCCGGCAAGAGCGUGGUGAUGUCCGCCUUCUCUGUCCUGCAGCCGCUGGCUCAACUCGCCCUGGCCUCUGUCGGCGAGUCCCAUGACCAGCUCCUCAAGGUUAUCGGCCUCCCCAACGACGAUGUGACCAAAACAGUGUUCCCCAAAGUAACCGCUCAACUCCGAGCAGUAAAAGGUGUAACACUGAAGCAAGCCAACAAAAUAUACAUUCCCACCAAUGCUGAAGUGAAGGAAGACUUUGCCGCACUCUCCAAGAGCGUCUUCGGUUCGGAAUUCAAGAAUAUUGACUUUACGAAAAAUGUGCCUGCUGCUCAAGAAAUCAACUCAUGGGUAGAAGAUCACACGAACAAGAAAAUUAAGGACUUGGUCGACCCGCACUCCCUGGGAGCUGACACUCGUGCGGUCCUCGUCAACGCGUUGUACUUCAAGGGUUCAUGGGAAAAGAAAUUCGAUACUAAGGUCACUACUGAUCGUGAUUUCCACGUUACUAAAGACAAGACAGUGAAAGUGCCGACCAUGUACAAAAAAGACGACUUCAAAUACGCCGAGAGCAAAGAGCUCGAUGCCAAGAUCUUGGAACUGCCAUAUGAAGGAAAGGAGGCAUCUUUCCUUAUCGUCCUCCCCAACGAAAUCGACGGCCUGGCAGCUUUGCAAGAGAAACUGAAGGACCCCACCGCCCUGGACAAGGCUGUUUCUGAGAUGCGCGAAGUGGAAGUCAACGUAUACCUCCCUAAGUUCAAAAUUGAAACUACUAUCGACCUGAAGAAAGUUCUGCAAAAGAUUGGCGUUACCAACCUUUUCGACGCCUCCAAGGCCAGACUGGACAAUCUCUUGAAGAACGAGAGCGGUCUCUUUGUCAGUGAUGCCAUCCAGAAGGCUUUCAUCGAAAUCAACGAGGAGGGCGCCGAGGCAGCUGCUGCUAACGUGUUCACCGUAGAUAGAAUAAUGAUGAUACCGGAAAUAUACUUAUUUAUGGCGGACCGACCGUUCUUGUUCCUCCUUAACGUCGGCUCCAGCACGUUAUUCACCGGCUCCUUCCAGUCCUAAGAUUUAACAUUCGACCCCCAAGGCCUGGUGUUCCACCACUACAACAAUAUUUUGUUGCGGAUAGACCAUUUUAUUACGAAUUAAAAGCUACUUAUACGUUAUUUAACGGUAUUCAGGACUUUGACAACGUUUAAAAAACAUUGUUAAUCGAGCAUUAUUGAUAAAUAAAUAUUGCUUGCAUUUA